AGAUGCGCUCAGCGCUGGCAAAGAGUUAACUGUAUUUUAUGACUGUGCAUUGCAAAUAAGCUUCAGAGAGACACGGAUUGCAAACGGGUUGAGGGUGGACUCAUCAGAGGAUGCGCUGCUGACCGUGAGGGGUAAUGGGGACGGAAAACGAGUCUCCAAGUAGGUUGGAUCAACUUUUAGAAAACAGAAUGAAGAAAGAUUCGUUCUCUGCUUCACUUCAGUCCCUCUACGAUGAGCUGGGUCUAGCUUUGGGGGAGGGUCGGAAUGCUGCCUCCAGUUCAUCUCCGAAGGUGGAAAUAAAUAGACGGUUGAAAGUCAUGGAGAUGGUCACUGUACGUCUGCCGACUUCAGAAAGUUCCACAAACUGCCCAUCACUUGACAAGAACUUUUCUCUCCUUUCUGAGGAAAGGAAAACACAAGAAGAAAUGGAUCAAUUUAACCUUCAAAAACUAAAGAGAGAUAUCUUGCCUUCCAUUAGGAAAGGAGAAGAGAUUGCUUUUGGUAACAAAAAGGCGCCUCAGGAGAAAUUACCUUUCUCGGACCGCACAAAACCAUUGAAACCACCACCGCCGCAAAGAGUGCUGUGCGUGAAGAAGAGCAAAUGUAACAUGAGUAGGGAUAUCGCGCCAUGGGUUGGGAACUCCCUUCUGGACACCUCUUUCAGUGCCAUUCCACAGUCGCUGGAACCGUUCCCAUGUCACGCUAGCGCUCAGCACCAUCUUCCGUGUGGCGCCAUCGGGAAUCAGUGCAGCCUUGCCGAGGAGCCCACGGAGGAGAACAGCUUCAGCAGGAACCAAGAUGGGCACAGAGGGACGGGUAGCAAAGUAGCGCAGCAAUCCCGCCGAGCCCUUCCUGAGGGCCCAACAGAGCCCAGGGCACUGCUGGCCCAGAGAAGCGGGAAGGACGGCUGGUCCCCGAGGAGGCUGAGAAACAACUUGCAGGAAGGCGGGCAGCUGCCUCCAGUCCAGGGCAUCUCCAACCUCAGCUUCAGCAGAAACUUCACAUUCUCUUUCUUUGAACUGCCUCAGCACCUGUCACAGCAGUAUAGAACGCAAGGGACCCCCACACGGAAGCAGGUUCACUCCUGAACCCUCAGAGUAAAGAGAAUUCCUCCAAGCAUGAAGCACAGAGAAACUAUCUUGUCUUUUUCCGUGGUAACCUAUUUCCCUCAACCAACAGGCCAAGGGUGAGCCAGUUGCAUGAGUCAGUGCGAUGUUAACUCUCUGCAUUUUCCAAUGGGCGGUACCCAAUCUCUGCUGGGCUGCCAGCGAUGCCAUGGAGUGAAGACUAGCACCAUCAUCUGGGCAGAUAGGGGGCUGGGGUAUUCACAGGACUAUGAAACAAAACACAUUCUCGCACAAGACCUUGAUCAGGCCUCAAUUGGAAUACCAUAUCCAGUAUUUAUCUCCUCACAUGGUAGGUUUGGAAAGGGGGCAGAGGGUCAGAGUCUAAUUGCCAGUUUAAAACAUCUUAGUUGUCAAGAUAGGCUGUAAGAGUUAGGACUCAAGAGAAGCAUUGACUUAGGAGGUGAUCUGUUUGAAGUUUAAUCGAUGAAGGGAAUGGAUUAUUGCAUCAAGUUUAUUCUAACUAAGUAGAUUAGGAAAGACCGGGGUUACAAUUUUAAGUUUAUUAAUAAAAUAAAGACUUGCAUUUAUAUAGUGCCUUUCACAACCUCAGGAUGUUCCAAAGCACUGUACAGCCAAUGGAGGAACAAUGCUCAUUCUUAUGGGGAGAAGGUAGGAGAAUGGCACUGAAUGAAUUGCUUAUUCAGAGAGCUGGUGCAGACAGUGUAGGCCGAAUGGCUUUCUAGGCUGUAGUUACCAUUGUAAUGUCGGAAAUGAGACAGCCAGCUGGCACACAGCAAGCUCCCACAAACAGCAAAUGUGAUAAUGACCAGGUCAUCUGUUUCUGUGAUGUUGGUUGUGAGAUAAGGAUUGGCCCAGGACACUGGAGAUAACCAUGUUCUUCGAAGUAGUGCCAGGGGAUCUUUUACAUCCACCUAUGAAGCUUCAGUUGAACGCUCCAUCCAAAAGACAGCACCUCCACCAGCGCUGCACACCCUCAAUGUUGUACUGAAGUGUCAGCCUAGAUUUUUCUGUUCAAAUCUCUGGAGUGGGUCUCGAACCCACAACCUUCUGACUCAGAGAAACGUGCUACCCACUGAGACACAGCUGACACACCAAAGAAUAGUGAACUGCUGAAACAGGCUCAUAUAAUGGAUGUGGAUUCAUUGAAUUAAUUCUCAGAGACUGUGGAAAUUUAAUCUGUAAAAAAUCAGCAACCCCUCCCCCAUAGAACAAUUACUUCCACACCCAGCUUUAUCACUAGAAACAGGCUAGGCUCUCAGUGACUGCUGAGAGCAUUCAAUAUACUAUAAGAAAAUUUAAUCCUUUACCUCUUCAUUGUUGCAAUCAAUGACUCAUUUCCGUUUUUAUAGUAACAGUAUCAUUGGUGCUACGGUAUGAAAUGGCAUCUGUGUAGAGAGAAGGACAAUUACUGCUUCAAGCUGGGUUCUUCUUCAAACUGUAAGAAAGUCCCAGCCCAAAGCUACUUGCUGGCUUUCUGCACAGACGCUGACUGACCUGCACUGUGCUUCCAAACGUUUCCGUAAUUUUCCUUCAGUGCAUCCUGCAUAUUUUGGUGUAUUUACACAAGCAUUGCUGCUUAUGCCUCACCUUAUAAAUGGCA